AUUACGUAGUGGCCCAUAUCUUUUCUCUUUUUUUUCCACUUUAAAAAAAAAAUUGUUUUUCUUUCUUUUGUACUUGAAGACCUCUGGUUAUUGGUAAUUAGCUUGAGGAGAAUAAAACCAGCCGAUAGGGAGAGGGGUGGUGCAUUGUGGAGCGAGAUGGCUAACAGAAUGGUUCUAUCACUCCUUCAUGGUUUCUUCUACCUAUCUCUGAUUCAGCCCUCUCUUCAAGGAGGUGUGUACGUACCGGCUGGUGCUGGAGUCGGACCAGGAGCAGGAGGAUCUGGACCAGGUGCUGGUCUCUACCCAGGAGCUAGUGGGAUACCUGCAGGAGCAGGCUACAAACCAGCUAAAACUAGUGCUGGAGGAUAUGGAGGACGGGGUGGUGUUGGUGCUGGAGGUCUGGUCCCUGGUGGCGGGGCUGGAGGCAUAGGAGCAGGAGGCCUCGGAGGAGGAGGAGUCGGUGGAAAGGGCCCCAAACCUGGUUAUGGGAACCUUGGUGCUGGUGGUGUUGGGGGCGGUGGUCUUGGUGUUGGAGGAUAUGGAGCUGGUCCUGGAGCCACCGGGCUAGGAACAGGAAGCUUUGGAGGAGGAGGAGGAUACGCUAAGCCUGGAGCUGGUUAUGGAGGAGGCUCGCCGUAUGGAGGCUCGACUUAUGGAGGAGGUGGUGCUGGGGGCUUCUUCCCUGGAGGUGGUCUGGGACAGAAGGCAGGACCCAAACCAGGCUAUGGGGCAGGAGCUGGAUUACAACCAGGCUAUGGUGCAGGUGGACUACCCGGGGGUGGACUACAGCCAGGCUAUGGCGGUGGUGGAUUACAGCCAGGUCUAGGGGGACCUGGAGGCGCAGGAACAGGAGCUGCAGUGCCUGCAGGAGCACCUGUUAUUCCUCAGACUGGACUACCUGGAGGUGGGCUGGGACCUGGUGCCGGAAAAGGAAAGGCUCCAAAAGGAGGAGUGCCAGGUGUGGGGGUGCCUGGACUUUACCAAGGUGGCCAGGUGCCAGGACAAGGGUUUGGUGGUCGUGGAGUGCUGCCCGGUGUGGCCACUGGGAACGGACUCAAUCCCAAAUCAUUGCCAGGUGGAGGACAACAGGGACCAGGAGGCUCAGGCCGUGUUGGUUACGGAGGCCCAAUGCAGCCAGGAGUAUUCCAUGGAUACCCACUCAAAACACCCAAAACACAAGGUGGCUAUGGAGCGAAAGCUGGAGGAGCUGGAGGCAAACUUCCAUUUGGAUAUGGGGGCUUUGGUGGUGGUGGUGGAGCAGGCCUUCCUGGGGGAAAAGGAGGUCCUGGAUCCAAGCCUGGAUACCCCAUUGGAACUGGUGUGGGGACAGGAGGUCUUAACCCGGCCCAGGCUCAAGCUAAAGCUGCUAAAUAUGGUGCUGGUUUGGGUGGUGUGCCUGGUGCAGGUGGAGCCUACCCUGGAGCGGGAGGAGCUUACCCUGGAGGAUAUAAUCCUGCUGCAGCCAAAGCUGCUAAAUAUGGAGUCCCAGGAGGUGCAGGGGGCGUCCCAGGUCUUGGAUCAGUAGCAGGAGGAGCAGGAGGAGUACCUGGAGGGGUACCCGGAGGAGCUGGAGGAUAUAACCCUGCUGCGGCCAAAGCUGCUAAAUAUGGAGUUCCAGGAGGUGCAGGAGCAGGCCUAGGAGCUGGAGGACUUGGUGGAGUACCAGGAGGGGGAGGGGGGGGUGUACCUGGGGCUGGAGGAUAUAAUCCCGCGGCGGCCAAAGCAGCUAAAUAUGGACUCCCAGGAGGAGGUGCAGGCGGUCUUCCAGGUGCUGGAUCAGUUGCAGGAGGAGUAGGAGGAGUACCAGGAGCUGGGGCUGGAGGAUAUAAUCCUGCUGCGGCCAAAGCCGCUAAAUAUGGAGUUCCAGGAGGAGCAGGCGCAGGGUUAGGAGGAGCUGGAGGCUAUGGAGUGGGAGCCAGGCCUCCCUAUUACGGUGUUCCAGGGAGUGCUGGAUUUGGGGGAGCAGGGGCUUUUCCAGGGGCUGGAGGAUACAACCCUGCCACCAAAGCUGCUAAAUAUGGAGUACCAGGAGGUGCGGGAGCAGGCCUAGGAGCUGGAGGACUUGGAGGAGCAGGAGGAGGGGUACCAGGGGCUGGGGCUGGAGGAUACAAUCCUGCUGCCGCUGCCAAAGCUGCUAAAUACGGGGUCCCAGGAGGUGCAUGGGCAGGCCUAGGAGCUGGAGGUCUUGGAGGAACAGGAGGGGUACCAGCAGGAGGAGCUGGGGCUGGAGGGUAUAAUCCUGCUGCUGCCAAAGCUGCUAAAUAUGGAGUCACCGGAGGUGCAGGAGCAGGCCUAGGAGCUGGAGGAGCAGGAGGAGUACCUGGAGGAGGAGCAGGGGGUGUACCUGGGGCUUUAGGAUAUAAUCCCGCUGCAGCCAAAGCUGCUAAAUAUGGAGUUCCAGGAGGUGUAGGAGCAGGCCUAGGAGCUGGAGGACUUGGAGGAGCAGGAGGAGGAGGAUAUGGAGGAGCAGGAGGGGCUGGGGCUGGAGGAUAUAACCCUGCUGCGGCCAAAGCUGCUAAAUAUGGAGUUCCAGGAGGUGCAGGAGCAGGCCUAGGAGCUGGAGGAGUACCAGGAGGAGGAGGGGGUGUACCUGGGGCUGGAGGAUAUAAUCCCGCUGCAGCCAAAGCUGCUAAAUAUGGAGUUCAAGGAGGUGUAGGAACAGGCCUAGGAGCAGGAGGACUUGGAGGAGCAGGAAGAAUACAGGGAGGAGUACCUGGAGGAGGAGCAGGGGUUGUCCCUGGGGCUGGAGGAUAUAAUCCUGCUGCGGCCAAAGCUGCUAAAUAUGGUCAGGGGGCUGCUGGUGGGCCAGGGGGUGGAUAUGGUGGUGUGCCUGCUGGAGGAUAUCCCAGGCCUGGGAGCUAUGGGGGAUAUGGAGGGGCAGCAGGAGGGGCAGGAGCUGGAGGAUAUAAUCCUGCUGCGGCCAAAGCUGCUAAAUAUGGAGCUGGAGGAGCCGGCCUAGGAGCUGGAGGAGCUGGCCUAGGAGCUGGAGGAGCCGGCCUAGGAGCUGGAGGAGCCGGCAUAGGAGGAGCAGGAGGAGGGCCAGGGACUGGGGCUGGACCAGGAUAUGGAGGCUAUGGAGGAUAUGGAGGGGUACCAGCAGGAGGGGCUGCCGCUGCUGCCAAAGCUGCUAAAUAUGGAGUUCCAGGAGGAGCUGGCGUGGCCGGGAGAGCAGGAGGGGUACCCGGGGCUGGAUAUGGAGGACAUAAUCCUGCUGCGGCCAAAGCUGCUAAAUAUGGAGUUCCAGGAGGUGCAGGAGCAGGCCUAGGAGCUGGAGGACUUGGUGGAGUACCAGGGGCUGGAGGAUAUAACCCUGCUGCGGCCAAAGCUGCUAAAUAUGGAGUCACCGGAGGUGCAGGAGCAGGCAUAGGAGCUGGAGGAGCAGGAGGAUUACCAGGAGGAGGAUUACCAGGAGGAGGAGGAGGGGGUGUAACUGGGGCUGGUGGAUAUAAUCCCGCUGCAGCCAAAGCUGCUAAAUAUGGAGUCCCAGGAGGUGUAGGAACAGGCUUAGGAGCAGGAGGAUUUGGAGGAGCAGGAGGAGUACAGGGUGGAGUACCUGGUGGAGUAGGAGCUGAAGGAUAUGAUCCCGCGGCCAAAGCUGCUAAAUAUGGUAAGCCAAACGGAGUGGGCAUCGGUGGAGAAGGUGUACCAGCGCCAGCAGCGACUCCAAGUCCAGGUGUGGGCGUGGGUGGUGGUGUUGGAGGAACUGCCGUUGAGCACACUGACUUACCAGUGGGCACAGGGAUACCUAUCGCAGGCAAACCAGAUCCCACACCUAUUGGCACACAGGCCACAGAGGCCCCAGAGCCAGAGCCCAGUGCCACAGGAUUACCAGGAGUUGGUGCUGGGGUGCUUCAACCUAGUGCUGGUACAGGCCCAGCUCAGCCUGGUGUGGGUGUCGGAGCAGGUGGCAAAGCUCCUAAACCCCCUGGUGCGGGGGGAUACCCGUAUGGUGGUUAUGGACAGGCAGGACGACUCCCGUAUGGUCAUGGACAGGGUGCAGGUGCAGGUGGAUAUCCAUAUGGAGGAGGCUAUGGAACUCCAUACGGAGCAGGAGCUGGACAACUUCCUGGAGCCAAGCCCCUGAAACCUCCAGUUGUGGGAGGAGCAGGCGGUGUGGCUGGAGGAGCAGGUAUUCCUCUUACUGGAGCCGGUGGUGGUGCAGGGGGAUACCCGUAUGGUUAUGGUCAAGGUGGUUAUGGACAGGGACAGGGUGCGAGGUAUCCUGCUGGUGUUGGUCUGGGAGCAGGGGCAGGAGCAGGUCAAAAAGCACCCAAACCCCCAGGUUAUGGUAACCUGGGUGCUGGUGGUGCUGGUUAUAAUCCAGGAGCUGGUGCGGUCCCAGGUUACGGAGGUGGCUACCCACAACAACGGGGCUACCCACAGCAAGGUGGCGGCUACCCACAGCAAGCCUACCCGGGAGCAUACGGAGCAGGCCAGACGGCACCACUGACUCCUCAACAAGCCAAAGCAGCCAAGUAUGGCCCACUCCAGAGCUUCCUUGGUGGAGCAGGAGGAGGAGGCUACAGACCAGGAGGAGUUGCUGCUGGAUGCCAAAGCAAAUACUGUGGAAGGCGGAAGUAGAGGAUGUUCUUGAGAAGAAGUUGAAUUUCAAGAAACAAUGGUGCUACUGCAUUAUCUAGAAUGUACAUUUUAUAUGCACAAAAUCCCCCAUUACAGUAUGUAAAGAUAUGUUGUACUUUAUUUGAUAUUUUUUAUACAAACCCACCGACCCAGACUUUUGCACACAUUUGAUGUGACUUAGUGUUAUUGAUUGUGCCUUUAUCGUUACAGUGAUCAUGGGGUUCAUCAUCUCUUACUGACAUGCCUGCGAUGCUCCCCUUUUAGUAGCUAUACUCAGUAGUUGUGUGUGCAUGCAUGUGUGUGGGCGUGUUUGCGUGGAUGUGUGCCUAUGUGGCUGUGUGUACGUGUGCGCUUGCACGCGUUGCCAUAGAUGUGUGCGUGUUUGGGUAGAUAGGAGAAUGUGAAAGAUUCUCCAGCUAUAGAAGCACCAGUUCAGUAACUGUACAUCCCUCUACUGCAGUAUCCCCAUGUGCUUAGUGUCUGUGUGUACCAAAGUUGGAGAUCUUCACAUACUGACACGUCAAACUAAGGGUUGAGCUUCAAGAGGUAUGGUUGGUAAAGUGCUGAUAAACUUUGGCCAUGUAUCAGAACUGCCUCCUCUGGCUUUCUAUCAUCUCUGCUGCUAUUUAUAGCCCUGGGUGAAAUAGCAGUAUCAUAGCGGGUGUGUGUGGGCACAGGUUUCACAGUCCAUCUGCCAUCAGUAACUAUUUUAAGUGCCAUGGUUUAAGUAGCCUAUCUUCAGCCUUCUUGCUUUGAUUUCCGCCAAACUUGUGAAGUAUGAAGAGCAGGUUUUGCUCUGAAUGUGGGAAAGCUGAUGACAAUCAAUCCAAAGGUGUUCAAAAGAUUUUUAGGUGAUCUUUAGUGAUAUUCAUAUCAUACAUUGUGUCGGUUUGUACCAAUCCUUUGAAAUGCGGUGUGUUUUGUUUCUUAAAUGAUUUGUAUGUUUUUAGUUUUUAGAAAUGCGGGUUUUACAAAAAUGUAAAAGUAAAACUGAAAUCCUUUCGAUACUGCUCUGGCAUGUAUGACAUGUAUGACAUGAACAUUUUGUUUUCUUAAUUAUGUAUAAUUUUUCUGGUGUCCAAGAUUAAGUGCCUAGAAUGUUAUGCAUAUCUGGAAUCAUUCUAGUUUCACAUGCAGUUAUAGUUUAAUUUAUGCAAAUUGUCUCUCAUUAUUCAAGUUUCAAAUGUUUCUGGUCAGAAAAGUAGACUAUCUCCAGAUUUAUGUAAUCUAGAAUAAGGCAACUAACUGUAUGUUGUAGUAAUAGCCCUAGGUUAACAUGACUCUCACUUGCUUCAGUUCUUGUAGCCUACUCCGUGGUGCUUUUUAUGAACUGUGUGAGCCGCUCCUGUCAGGGGCCGCUGCCCUGUGCCGUGGGAUAGUGUUCAUCUGAUUUAAACAGAGAAAAAAUAAGGAAUUAUGGGGUUUUGCACUUUUUAAUUUUCAUCGCACAUUUGACUUGUGCCCAGCAAUACCGGCCUUUUAUUUGCUUCAGUAAAAAAACGAAAUAAAAUUGUUUUAAUGAAUACA